UACGUAAGCAGAACGCGCCGAAUGGAAGUGUGUUCAGUAGCGGUGCGAGGCGGCUAAGUAUAGCAAAAAGGAAGGAUGCCGUUGCCACCUGCUUUGCUGGCUCGCCUAGCCAAGAGAGGAAUUCUGAAACAUUCAGAGCACGAAACAGAGGAGGAGAUUAUUGCAGAAGACUAUGACGACAACAAUGUAGACUACGAGGCUACCAGAGUAGAGAAUCUACCCCCGAACUGGUACAAGGUGUUUGACCCUGCUUGCGGUCUGCCGUACUACUGGAAUGUGGAAACCGACCUGGUCAGCUGGCUCUCCCCGAACGACCCGGGCGCUGUCAUUACCAAGGCAGCCAAGAGGAUGCGAGCAGCCGAGGCAGGAGAGGACCGAGGAGAGAGGCAGUAUGAGAAGCCAGAGAGAGAACGGGACAGGGACGAGGUGAGGGAGAGGCGGCUGCAGCGCAGAGAGGACAGCGCCCCCUACGGCAAGGCCAAGAGAGGGAGGGAACGCAAGGACGAGGAGAUGGAUCCCAUGGACCCCAGCGCCUACUCCGAUGCCCCCCGGGGGACGUGGUCGACUGGGCUGCCCAAGAGGAAUGAGGCAAAAACGGGGGCCGACACCACAGCGGCAGGGCCGCUGUUCCAGCAGCGACCGUACCCCAGCCCGGGCGCCGUGCUGCGGGCCAACGCAGAGCUCACCAAGGUCAAGGAGUGACAGGGGGUGGGGGGGCGCGAGGUCACGAGGGUGACAUGGGACAGACGUGCCACGGACCUCACCUCGUCGUGAUCCUCUGCGUCCAAACGCACUGGAAGAAGCCGAAAUGCUGUUUAUAUAUUGCUUACUGUAGAAUAUUUGUAAAUAUUUGUGUCAGGUUUGUAAAAGUAAACAGCAAGUCCCUGCAGUAGAGCUUGACUGGGAGCGCGCAUUCACCAACUAAUGAAGCCAUCCAGGCUUAGUGAACCAUUAAUACAGAUGGGACAGUUAAUUGGAAAGGACAUGCUAUUUGUUUGACAAAUUAAAAUGUGUAAUUUGGAGCCAAUGUUUUGUAAUGGAUUUAGUAAUUGGAUGUGCGUAAUGGGAUUUUUUUCAGCUAUGGAAUUGGGGCUUAUGAUGCCCCCUUGUGGCCGACUGUCAUGUAAUGCAAAUGUGUUGUCAUUUUUUAGACCGAAUACAGGUUUGGAGCAGAGUGAUAAAGAUUGGCAUUUGCCACUUGCUGUUUGAAACAUACCAUUGUACUAUGCUGAGGAAGUGUUUUUUAUAAAGAUCUGCUAAAUGAACCAUACUGAGGAUGGCCAAAAUUUUUUUUUCGUUCGUGGCUAUCCCUUUUCGUACUCCACUGUCUA